AUGACUGCAGGAAAGACACCAGCGGACUGGAGAACCGGGGUUAUUGUACCCGUAUUCAAGAAGGGAGACCACAAAGAAUGCUCCAUAUAUAGGGGCAUAACGUUAUUGGGUCUCCCGGGUAAAGUCUACGCAAAGGUGCUGGAAAGGAGAUGCCGCGGAAUAACUGACUCCAAAAUACAAGAAGAGCAGUGUGGCUUCCGGCCCGGUCGAAGCGCCUCUGUCUGUAUAUUUGCCCUGCGCAAGAUGGUCGAGAACUCGUGGGAGUACGACCGUCCCAUGUACGAGUGUUUUGUGGUACAGUAUUUGGAUACGGGCUCGCUGACGGCGAUAGCUGAAGAGCGCGCUUUGGGAAAAAUAUGCGGCUAUUUGACUUGUGCCAAUUUGCCAGAUAGUCGUUUAACAACUAAAUAUGCCAUUCGUUGUCAUUGCGUUUACGAACUGACAGAGAGAAAAUGGUUUUGCAGCGAUCGAUGUUACUCGGCCUACCGGUCACUGUUAGCGAAUCUGCCGGAGGAACCGAUAUGGCUAAGAUGCAAGCUUCCGUUGCACCCCAUCUGUAUCCCAGAUCCGAACCUCAUCGAGCACGUUGUUCCGGGCGAAAAGGUCUGUUUUUCGGAAGCGAUGAAGAACAUAUCAAAAUUGAAUAUUGGGCGCCGUGAUUCGGACAAAGUAGCGUCGGAGCCCGAUACUGAUGACGAUCCUGAUGGACCCUGGGAUGCAGAGUCAGAGAUUCUGAGCGAGAGGAAUGAACCAUCGGAGUCAGGUGACUCAGAUGUGGCUAAAGAUCUCACCGGCGAAGCACUAAGUCAAAUGGACCAUUUAAGUAGCAAUCUGGAUUGUACUGGGCUGGCAGACAGCUGUGUUUUGAAUGGUCAGCAAGGAGACAUCGUUCUGACAGCAAGUGAUUGCAGUGACGUUCCUACAUUUUGUGACCCUGCAAUCUGCAUUAGUGAACCUGGUACGUCAGUAGACAUGACUGCCGUUGCGGGAACCGAUGUCGACUUGUCAGAUUCGUCUUCGCCCAUAAGGAAGAAAAACGCAGUGAAGGAAACGAGUAGACAGCGAACCACUUUACAAUACAUCAGGAAAAAAGGCGUCGGAUUGGUAUCGAAACCAACCAUAAUGCUGACUGACCCAAAGCCACUUCGAACUCCGACGGCGGAAGGGUCGUUUGUGACAGCUGAUAUCGCGAAUACUUCUGUUGACAUCCAAAUGUGGAAAAAUGUGAAAAAGAGGAUUUCCGAGUGGUUUGCAGCGAUGUGUCAUUGGUUUAUCUGGGUGUAUAUCGUUGCGGAAUUGGCGUCGAUCUACGUGCUGUAUCACACAUUGAACAUAUAUAUGAUCGAACGCAACUUGCCGUUCGAGUUUGACAUUAAUGCAGAUCAGGAGAUGGUCUCGCCAAAAGAGGUGUUUUGCCCAAGCUAUUCGUUGGACGUCGUACCGACAUCGUCUAAAUCGAAUCGAACCCCGGAAGACCCCUUGACCAUCGUUGCGGCAUUCAUAGAUAUAGGUUCGUUUUAG